AUGAAAUGGGGCGUGGUCCUCGCCGGUGCCUCCGACUUCCUUCGCCCGGCUGAGAAGCUGUCCUUGACUCAGAACCUUGCCCUCAUGGCCACCGGUUCCAUCUGGACACGAUGGUGCUUCAUCAUCAAGCCCCAGAAUAUGCUUCUUGCAGCCGUGAACUUCUGUCUGUUCCUCGUUGGGACCACCCAGGUUUCCCGCAUUUUGCUCUAUCAACAAUCGAUCAAGGGUACCGAGGGUGCGAUCAAGAGCCUCGAGCAAGAGGUUGUGGGUGCUGCCAAGGACGUUGAGAAAAAGGUCGAGCAGAAGCUAAAGGUGUAA